AUGUCGGGCGGCGUAGACUCGUCGGUCGUUGCGUUUUUGAUGGCGCAGGGUUAUAAGAACGUGACGGGGGUAUAUAUGGCGAACUGGUCGAUGCCUCGGACACAGGACUUGGAAUCAGGCAUGCUCUGCACGGAGACUGACUGGGCGGACGUUCAGUCUGUGUGCGAGAGUCUCGCUAUUCCUUCGAUCAGACUGAGCUUUGAAAAAGAUUACUGGACCGAAGUGUUUGAUCCCAUGCUGCGCCAGUACGAAGCGGGAACCACGCCGAACCCGGACGUGAGUUGCAACAAAUACAUCAAGUUUGGGAAACUGUACGAUGCGGUGGAGAAAAUGGCGCAGGAAAGAAAGACGGGGAAAUGGUGGCUAGUCACUGGCCAUUAUGCCCGCGUGGCUAGGCAUAUUCCGACCGGGCAGACUCAUCUGUUGCGGCCGGCGGAUAGCAGGAAAGAUCAGACGUACUAUCUAUCGAAUAUCGACCACCGGAGACUUCCUAACAUUCUGUUUCCGCUGCAUCAGUAUUCAAAGCCUGAGAUCCGACAGAUUGCGGUUGACAACAAUCUACCGACUGCAUACCGCCCUGACUCGCAGGGUCUGUGUUUUGUCAGUGGGUAUACGCAUUUUAGGGAGUUUUUGGCAGAAUUCAUUGACCCCAAUCCCGGUGAUGUGGUGACUGUGGACGGGAAGGUUGUGGGCAAGCACGAUGGUCUCUGGGGUUGGACGGUAGGACAAAGAAGUGGUGUCACGAUGCCGCAGGGAGACCCGGAGUGUGCAGGUGCCUGGUACGUGGUAGACAAGAGGAUAGCUACGAACGAGGUAGUCAUUGCUCGCGGACGGAUCAACGAGUGGCUGCUUUCGGACGCCAUAACGUGUACGGACUGGACAUGGAUGGCCGCCGCAGACGAGGUCGAGUCGCUGGUGAAGCUGGCGGAGGACGGAAAGCUACAGGUACGCAUUCGGAGUCUAUCAGACCCGGAAGCGGUGUCAAAACUCGAGAUUCUGCCGGGGGGUGAGAAGGUUGCGAUUACGUUUGCAAGACCGCUGGAUAGUGUGGCGAGCGGGCAGACUACGGUCGUGUACUCUGGAGACAGGCUUCUGGGGGGCGGACCGGUGGAGGACCGGAGGAUAUCAGUGAGGGCUGAAGCGCAGACGUGA